UUUAUUGCUUAGAAAAACAGAAGCAAAACCAAAAGCAGUUCACUUUUCCAUCGUUUCUACCCAUUUUUUGCUUAUUAUUUAUUCAUUUUCAAUAAUUCUAUGCUCUCCAACUCCCACUCUCCGUUCCAAAUUCCCCUUUCCCUUUCCCUUUCCCUUUCCCUUUCUCUGUUUUAUUUAUUUCUUCUGCCCUUUCUCUAACCGUUCGUUUCUCUCCUUUGUUUUUUUUUGUAAUAAUCAAUCUUUCAACCUUUGAGGCCAAUUCCGUCAGAUCCUAAAUGAUCGCUUCCCCUCUUUGAUUUCUUCCCCAUAAACGUUACAUUUUCAGGAUCUGGGCUGUUUCUUUUGUUGGAAUUCAUUCCAUAUUGCUUUCAGGCAAAUUCUGAUUUGUGGGUACUCCUCAGAGAGCUAUAUAAAUCACAGUAAUAUUUAGAUUUUAUAUAGGAAAUGUUAGGAGGCAACAACAGUAAUUCUGUGCUUCCCAUUUUCCUGGAUGAGAAUCAUCUUCAAUAUCAGAAUCAGACUAAUGGAUCAAACCAACUGCAGUUAUUUGGAAGCUUGCCAGCUGGGUGCAAUGUUGAUCCUGUGAAUUAUUUUGGAAAUGAACAUCUUGCUCCCAUGAUUCGACCCAAUAAAAGAGGCAGAGAAACAGAAGACAUUCAAAGGCAGCAAAAGCUACAAAUUUCCUUGAAUUACAACAUCUGUAAAGAGGAAGCUGACUGUUCAGCUGGCAUUCCAAAUCCUAAUGCCGUGUCAACUGGCUUACGGCUAUCAUAUGAUGAUGAUGAGCGAAAUUCAACUGUGACUUCUGGUAGUGGAAGCAUGACACAAGGACCAUCAAUGAUCUUGUCACUCGGUGACAACAUUAGAAGUGAACUUGAUCUUCAGAAAGAAGAGUUUGAUCAGUACAUCAAAAUUCAGGAAGAGCAUCUGACAAAGGGAAUAAGAGACAUGAAGCAGAGACACAUGGUUUCUUUUCUUGCUGCUAUUGAGAAAGGCAUCAGCAAGAAGCUUAGGGAGAAAGAUAUGGAACUAGAGACUAUGAAUAACAAGAAUAGAGAACUGGUUGAGAGAAUAAAGCAGGUGACUGCAGAAGCACAUAAUUGGCAUUAUAGAGCAAAAUACAACGAGUCAGUUGUUAAUGUGUUGAAGAGCAACCUUCAGCAAGUAAUCUCACAAGGUGCUCAACACGGGAAAGAAGGUUUUGGAGAUAGUGAAGUUGAUGAUGCGACCUCCUAUAUUGAUCCGAACAACUUUCUCAGUAUUCCUCUUGGGGCUGCAAAAUGUGUUUCCAAGGGCAUGAAGGAACACAUUAUUUGCAGAGCAUGCAACGCAAAGGAGGUGUCCAUUUUGUUGAUGCCGUGUAGGCACCUCUGCUUAUGUAAAGACUGUGAUUUAUCAAUCAAUGUUUGCCCUGUAUGCCAGGUAACGAAAACUGCUGGUGUCCAAGUGUACUUAUCCUAAAACUGUGAAGCAAAUUCUUGAAAAAAGAUGAAAAAUUUAUACCCUUACGUGUGUGUGUGAGAGACAUCCAGCAUCCCCCCCCCCCCCCUUCUCCUAAUAGAGACAAUGUAUGAAAAGUAAACCAUUUUCAUGAAAUGGAGUAUGCAAAAGCAUCCUUUGUUCA